AUGUCGACCAAAAAACAUUUACGGAGUCAAGCAAAAGAAAUUACUGCGAAAGUGUACCGCAGAAUGAAAUAUGAAGCGGAAAAUGGAGUGGAAAAACUAUCUGACGCUAGAUGGCGAACUGCUCAAGCCGUUGGUGUUAGUGAAUCUACGAUUACACGAAUUUCGAAAGAAGAGAAGCAAGCUAGUACAUCAAAUGAUACGUCACAAAAAAUUUUUAGAUCGCCCUCAAAACCAAAAAGGAAGCGUACCAAGUCUAACCUGGAUGAUUUUGAUAUGGGUAUACUUCGCAGAACGAUAGCGACAUUUCAUACAGAAUUUAAUGAAUUACCAACGUUAAGAAAGCUGAAACAAGUAUUAACAGAAAGAAUUGGUUUUAACGGUUGUAUAGAAACUCUGCGUAUCAUUUUGAAGGAAUCGGGCUACGAGUGGUCCAAAAUAGAUGACAACCGUAAAGCUUUAGUAGAAAAGCAUGAUAUCCAAAUGUUACGCUUUCAAUAUUUGAGGCAAUUAAAAAAAUAUCAUGACGAGGGCCGCUAUAUCGUAUACACAGAUGAAAGUUAUGUUCAUACAACACAUCUGCAAAACAUGUGCUGGAAACCAGUCAAAGGAGUAUCAGCAGUGCAAAAAAAGUUGUCGAAAGCUGAUUAUAUCGGAAGUAUCACCAUGAGGAACAUAAUGGUCGGUAUGACUCUGCUGACACUUUUAGUCGUAUCAGCAGCACCAAAAAGUCAUCCAUCGAUACAGGAUUUAGAGCAGUCCAUUCAACACAAGCUGCAUCAAUCGUGGCACACUCCCGACGUACCUUCAAAUCUCCCUAGAAAAGGGGAAUAUCCAUGUAAAGGCGGUAUUUGCAAAAGCAAAAAGCCAUGUGAAGAUUGCCAAGGUCCAGGAUCAACCAAACCGGCAACCAUUCCACGGAGCCAACUUAAGUAUUUAUUCUUCGUGGUUCAAGGCAACGGUGGCACGAGGCACAGGUAUACAUAUUGGAACGCAAAGAAUAUCGCGAAGGAUCCGAGGAUAGACUUUAAAAGGAAGACAAUCGUGGUGGCAAUCGGUUACCUGGACUCCACCAACUUCCCCAUCUCCGCGAUGUUCGCCAACGAAUACGAAGCCAGGGACUACAACGUGAUAUUGGUGGACAACCAGAGAUUUGCAACCGUCCAUUAUUUCUUAGCGUCGCGCCUCAUGCGCCCAGUGGGCUUCCAUGUCGCUGAAGUCCUAGCCCAGCUGACACAAUCAGGUCUCGACCCCGUUAAACUGGAGCUGAUGGGCUUCAGUCUCGGUGCUCAUACUGCUAGCUACAUAGCCAAGAACUACCAACGCCUAACUGGAAAGAACAUAUCCCGAAUAUACGGGCUAGAGCCGGCUGGCCCGUGUUUCCGUGCACUAGAAAAGUACGAAAGACUUGACGAGUCCGACGCCGACUUCGUACAAGUAAUUCAUACGAACAUUGACGGCUUCGGCAUGCCCGCAAAAAUGGGACACGUUGAUUUCUACGUGAACGGAGGAGAGUUCCAGCCGUCCGACUGGAGCCUCUUCCCUUGCACGGCAACCUGCAGCCACUUCAGAGUGCUCUCCCUUUGGCUUUCAGCUCUAAAGAAUCCUACUAAAUUCAUUGGCAUAAAAUGUGAUAGUAUACAGCAAGCGAGGGAUGCGAAAUGUUAUGACAGGGUCCCAAAAGAAACGAAUCUGAUGGGACCGAAUGUGGAUAUUAAUAAGCCGGGUAUAUUUUACCUGUCUACAAACAAACAUUACCCGUUCUAUUUAGGGAAGAAAGGUUUAAGAGAAGACUACGUUGCGUGGCGUAGGAUAAGCGACAUAAAUGAACGUGUGGGCACGGAAGUUUAUGUUUAG